AGUCGCAUGGUGAGGUUGGAUCAUGUUGCGUGUACUCACUUGACAGAUACCUAAACCCAAAUCUCUUUGGAAUCUUCUCAUAAACAGUCUCGAUAAUCAUUAUUUAACGCAAUGGAGGAAAUCAGUGAUAAAUUCUUCUACGUUUACAGUUCUUCGCUGGAUGUGAGAAUUCAGAUGAAAAUAGGGACUCUAGAGGGCAAACGACAGAGACCGGAGUAUGACAAACUCUUACUAGAUCCCAUGAUAAAAUACUCCGGCUUGUACGGAGGUGGUGGCAGUAAGGGGGAUCUCUCUGCAUCGCUGCAGGUCUGGGGAGGAGGUAGAGCACUCGCUCUUCCGGUACACACGGCAUACAAACAUUUUCCGACGAGGUGGAAUUGGAAUCAAUGGGUAACUCUCCCAAUAUCCUACUCGGAUCUCCCCCGUGACGCUCAGCUGACGAUAACAAUCUACGACUGUGCAGGCCCAGGUCGUCAGGUGCCAGUUGGUGGAACGACGAUAUCCCUCUUCGGCAAGUACGGAGUAUUCCGGCAAGGGAUGCUGGACUUACGAGUGUGGCCAGGAAUCGAGGCAGAUGGCGGAGUCCCCACCGCAACCCCAGGAAAAGCCAGAGACUCUGGUAAAGAGCAGAUGCAGCGCCUAGCAAAGCUUGCCAAAAAGCGUCGAAACGGCCAAAUGAGCAGAGUGGACUGGCUAGACAGGCUGACCUUCAGAGAGAUCGAGCUCAUAAAUGAGCGUGAGAAAAGAGCCUCCGAGUACUUGUAUCUUACCGUCGAAUUUCCCGAGGUAACGAUGGACGGACUGCCUCACUCAAUCGUCUAUUAUGAGAAAGAUGGUGAUGAGGUGGUUCAGCAUCGGUCCCAGCCAGACGUCGUGACACUUCCUGACUACGAGAUUCUUCAGGAGAACCUCGUGGAGGGUAAGCACCAUAAAUUAGCCCGAAGUCUUCGUUCGGGGGGUAAUACCAAGGAUGUGAAGCCCACAUCAACAGUUCGAGACGCCUUGAACACGAUCCUGGGAUAUCCUCCCACGACAGCCCUGUCCACAGAAGAACAGGACCUGAUCUGGAAGUUCAGAUUUCAUUUGUCCAAUCAAAAGAAAGCCCUGACGAAGUUCGUUAAGUGCGUUAAUUGGAAGAUGGCUGGGGAGGAGAAGCAGGCUUUGGAGAUGCUGGCUCUGUGGACUCCUCCAGACCCUGAGGAUGCCCUGGAGCUCCUUGGGCCAGCCUUCACUCAUCCAGCCAUCAGGAGGUACGCCAUUGGGAGGCUCAACCAAGCCCACGACGAGGAUCUCAUGCUUUAUUUGCUGCAGCUAGUUCAGGCCCUCAAGUACGAGAAUUUCGAAGGGAUCAAGGUAGCAAGCCAGAGAAUUGCUAGGGAGUCAGAGAGGGAGAGGGAGGGUAGAAAUGUCAUGGGGGAUUACACGUCGUCUGGUAUAUCGACUUCCAGUGAUUCAGAAGCUUGUUUUUCGAGUCAAGAGCAACCGAUGGAUCUCGCCUCUUUUCUUAUUACCAGAGCCUGCCAAAAUUCAACUCUUGCUAAUUAUUUUUACUGGUAUCUCUCCAUCGAGUGUGAGGAGCAACCGGAUCCUGCGAUCACUGUUAAACAGGAUACUAGGGUCAGGGAGAUGUAUCUUACUGUCAUGAAAAUGUUCUCCAUGGCUCUGUCGCAGGGCAAUACUGUCUGGCAGAAGAGGAGGGCUUUCCUCGCCAGACAGAAGACUUUCAUUGAACAGCUGGUGGCUUUGGUGAAGAAUGUUGCUAGGGAAAGUGCCAAUAGGAAGAAGAAAACUGACAGGCUGAAGGCACUUCUUGCUGAACCCGAUCCUAUCUCAAAAUUUAAUUUUUCAAAUUUUGAACCGAUACCCUUUCCACUUGAUCCGGAGAUAUCUAUCAGGGGGAUUAUUCCAGAGAAAGCAAGUCUGUUCAAGUCAGCUCUCAUGCCAUCAAAAUUAACAUUUCUUACGAGUGAUAAUACUGAAUAUAUAGCCAUCUUCAAGCAUGGGGAUGAUUUGAGACAGGACCAGUUGAUUUUACAGACCAUUGCACUGAUGGAUAAGCUCCUAAGGAGGGAAAAUUUGGAUUUAAAAUUAACCCCAUACAGAGUAUUAGCAACAAGUACCAAGCACGGAUUUGUCCAAUUCAUCGAGUCAACGACAGUUGCUGAAGUUCUAGCUAGUGAGGGGUCUAUAUUGAAUUUCUUCAGGAAACAUCAUCCUUCAGAGACAGGCCCGUAUGGGGUAGCACUUGACGUAAUGGAUACUUAUGUUCGCAGUUGUGCCGGAUACUGCAUCAUUACGUACGUCCUGGGAGUUGGAGAUCGUCAUUUGGACAAUUUACUAUUAACAACGUCAGGAAAAUUAUUUCACAUAGAUUUUGGCUACAUCCUCGGAAGGGAUCCAAAGCCCCUCCCCCCACCUAUGAAACUCAGCAAAGAGAUGGUAGAGGCCAUGGGUGGAGUUGGCUCAGAGCACUACCACGAGUUCAAAAAACAGUGUUACACUGCCUUUCUCCAUCUUAGGCGAAAUGCCAACCUCUUGCUAAAUUUAUUCUCCCUCAUGGUAGACGCUAGUGUUCCUGAUAUCGCCCUGGAGCCGGACAAAGCAGUGAAAAAGGUUCAGGAUAAAUUGCGAUUAGACUUGAGCGACGAAGAAGCUGUGCAUUACGUUCAGAAUCUGCUGGAUCUUUCAGUCACAGCUGUCAUGGCUGUCCUCGUCGAGCAACUCCAUAAAUUUGCGCAAUACUGGAGGAAGUGAAUUGUAAAUAUAUCUAAAGACAUAAUUUUUAUUUCCUUUCAUAAGAGUAAAAUUAUGAAAAGAACUAAAAAUUAAUUCCGUUAUGAGCUAGGAAGAGAAGAACAAAAUAUCCAUUUUUCAAUUGUCAAUAUCUUGAGAUUGAUUGAAUGAAAUUGUCAUUUUUCGUUUUACUCCAAUCGAAAGAUACUGAAAAUUCAAGAGAGGUUCAUUUUAUUUUAUCUUUCCCUAGAAUAAACUCAUCAACAAGACUGUGUUCCAUAGGACUUAUGAAUAAUACCUGCAAUAUAUUUUGGGAUUGCCUUUUUAUUUCAAUAUUAAAAUAUUUAAUCGUAAUAUUAAA